AAUCUUCGAAUGGCUCAAAGAAAGCUAUAAAUGAGUUCUUUCUUUGUUCUUAACGGGCGAUAAGUACUUCAAGUAGGUUUUGUAGGAGUUUUUAAACAAUUCCUUUAUCGCUAUGCUAAUUAGUUAAUAACUUGGGCUAUUUACAUAAUUCACUCGCCUGCGACGGUGGACGGRCUGCGAGUGAUUGGAUUCUAAGGUCAACCAGCUUAGUACACACGCUUUGAAACUUUACUACAACUGGAUUAAUCUUCGUUCAAAUCCUUCCAACAACAUACGGCAUAAUAUUUUCAUUCUAUGGGACAGUGAAAGAGGGAUUUCUUUAUCAUGUGAAGUGUUUUUGUAAAGUAAUUCUUUUCGGAUGGUAAUCAUUGCAAAGUCGUCGUUGCUCGUUGCUAAGUUUCGGCGUCCAACGGAACUAGAUACCUUGGCGACAUUGAAGAAAUUUCUGUGAUGAUUUGUCUUCUUUUGAAUCCUUACUUGGAUUCUUGAAUGAAGUUUGGAAACUGUUGAUGUUAAGGUUUUUACUGGAAUAGAAAUCAAACUUCAAGGAAUUUUGAUUUGUGGUCAAGAAUGAAAUGAAGACGCGCUCGUUGAAAUAACAAAGAACCCAAAGAAUUCUUCACGUCAAACCACAGCUCGAAUAUUUUGUAAACGAGCAUUAUUACCGAGAUGAGAUCAAACGAACAUUGGCCAGAGGGUUUUGGCUUUAAAAUAGGAGGUAAAUCUCCUGUAGUYAUAAUUUCUGUUCAAGACAACAGCGUCGCUCAACAAGCAGGAUUGCARCCAGGAGACCAAAUUCUUGAACUGAACGGAGAAAAUGUCCAAGGACUCAAUAAAGAACAAAUUACUUUGCUUGCUAAACGUUCAACUCGAGUCCCACCAGCUAUUGCUGUCAUAUCACGAAUUCGGACACUUGAAUUACGAAGACGUAGAGGUCGUUUUGGAUUUACGUUGCGCGRUAGUGGACCWGUUUAUGUGUAUGAUGUAGAAGAACGUGGACCCGCGUACAGUGUGGGAAUGCGYCCAGGCGAUCUAGUUCUYAAAGUGAACUCAAUGAACGUUCGUCAUGCUAACGCUGAUCAAGUGCAGCAAAUUGUGGAGGCCUGUGGACCCACMAUYACUGUAGUUCUCAUAGCUGGCUCUCAAUCGAUUGGUGAUGGCGAACAGCCUUCUACUUCGUCGCGUUAUCGAAGAGCAAGGGAUUUUUAUCUUCAGAUGAAUUAUGUCCUUCCACGUGAUAACAACAAAAAGGCCCAGUUAAUAAAAGCACUCAAUAAAUAUGCCAGAGACAGAUCAAUUGAACAACUUGCAAAGAGUCUGCURGAUGUCCUCAAGACUCCUGUUGAAAGAAAACUAUUAAAACAAAUUAGGUACCUUAUUCCAAAGAAGCACAAACCAGAGUAUGAUAUUCUGGUUGGCAUCAACUCUGACAGACCCAUUCAUCAACGUCCCCAUAGUGCCCUCUUCUCAGACUCUUUGUCCAGAUCCAUGGAUGAACUUGAUAUGACAAGGACAUGGUCAUCCGUCAGUAGUAUGAGCUCAAAGAAAAGAAAUGUUCAAGCUCACCCACCAAGGAUUGUGAGAGUGAAAAGAGGACCAGGUUCAGGCUUUGGAUUCACAUUAAGUGGUGAUACRCCUGUGUUUGUGAAGUCUUUAGAUAGAGGAAGCCCAGCAGAGCUYGCUAAACUCAAACCAGGAGAUCACAUCCUUGAAAUCAAUGGCUUGAAUGUCAGGGGUAAACGGCAUCACACAGUAGUAGAAUUACUUAAAGGCAGUGGUACUUAUCCCAGUCUCCUGGUCCAGUGGCGACCAACGAGUGUGCUUAAGCAUCRAUCAUCAUCGUCAUCACUCGGUUCAAAAUCAGGACUGUCAGUCACAUUUGAUAAAUUGAAUGAAGACGGCAUACACAGAUCAGCAUCAGUGGCAUCACGAGCAUCUAYRAGAACAGAGCAGUUGAUCAUGUCCAGGUUUCCAGGAAGUGAUCCUCAGGGUGUGCGUGCUUUGGCCAGAGAGUUCAAAUUACAGAUGAAUCGUCUCUUCACGAGUGGAGAACAGAAAUACAUUAAACAGUGUCUUAGUGAUUACAAGCAAGAAAGAAAUGUYAGUAAGUUGCUGGAUUCCAUUGAACCUGUGUUGGAUGAUCCAGAAAAACUUUGCAUUCUUCACUACAUGAGUGAACUUCUGCCUGAGGCYGAGCAAGCUGAAUUUGACAAAGGUGCAGCCAAGAUCUUUGCUAAACAGUCACAAGAUGGUACAGUCCCAAGCUUCAGUGCUGCCGACAAUGAUGUCAUGGAUAUUCUGUACAGAGUGCAAGGAAUGCGAUURUCUGACCAUCCRCGGCAAAGAUCUGUUAUUGGUGGAUCAGCCACAUCUCCAGAACGAACAGAUCAUUGGCCAGGAAGGGGUGCAGCAUCUCAGUGGAAUUCUCCAACACGACAAGACUUGGACAUGGUACCAGUACGAGACACCAAUGGCAAUACCAUUAAUGAAGAAGAUGAUGAAGAAGAUGAACUUAAUCUAGGACUUGAGGAGCUGGCUGAUGCUUUACUUGAAGAAGAUCGUAAGAAGGCAGCAGCACAGGUCARUGUAAGGGCAGAUGUACAUGGCACCCCCCUGACUGCCACUMCUGCACCAAGGACAGAGCUUCAACCAAGCCCUAACAAUGACUUAGGGGGUCCCACUAAGGAAGAAAUGUUAGAAGAUCUGAAGUCCAAAACCAAGCAGCUUGAUCAUGCCCAGAAAGUCAUAUCAGAACAACAGAGAAUUAUUGCAGAGAAUAAAGACAAAGGAGAAGAGAAAGGUAGCCAUUUUAUUGUAUUUAUCCUAUUUGCUACUGUUGUUAAUGUCAAGGAGCUGGCUGAUGCUUUACUUGAAGAAGAUCGUAAGAAGGCAGCAGCACAGGUCAGUGUAAGGGCAGAUGUACAUGGCACCCCCCUGACUGCCACUACUGCACCAAGGACAGAGCUUCAACCAAGCCCUAACAAUGACUUAGGGGGUCCCACUAAGGAAGAAAUGUUAGAAGAUCUGAAGUCCAAAACCAAGCAGCUUGAUCAUGCCCAGAAAGUCAUAUCAGAACAACAGAGAAUUAUUGCAGAGAAUAAAGACAAAGGAGAAGAGAAAGGUAGCCAUUUUAUUGUAUUUAUCCUAUUUGCUACUGCUGUUAAUGUCAGUGUUGUUGUUACUGGUGCUGUUAAUGUCAGUGUUGUUGCUGUUGUUAAUGUCAGUGCUGCUGCUGUUGUUAAUGUCAGUGUUGUUAAUGUCAGUGUUGUUGUUGCUGCUGCUGUUGUUAAUGUCAGUGUUGUAGUUGCUGCUGUUGUUAAUAUAGUGGAAAAAUUCCUCUGCUCGCAGGCAGCUACUGCACCAACAGCAAAUACAGCGGCACCACCACCACCUCCCCCACCACCCCCCUCUGCUGCACCCCCUCCUCCUCCUCCUCCACCACCACCUGGUCCACCACCACCUCCUGCUGUAGGUGGUGCAAUGAAUGUUGAUGGUGCUAAGAUGACUUUAAAGAGGGUCAACUGGGAGAAGCUUAGUGAUGUUGGUUUAGAGAAUACUGUGUGGGCCCAGGUAAAAAACCAAAAACGUCUUGACAGUGUGAUUGAACUGAUGGAAUUGGAACAGAACUUUAGCACAAUUCAAAAGACUAAAGAAACAAAAGAGAAGAAAGAUGAAAAACCUUGUGUCUUAAAUUCCAAGAAGAUGUACAAUAUCUCAAUCCUUCUUGGUCACCUCAAGAUGUCAACUGAUGAGAUCAAGUCAGCUAUCUUAUCCAUGGAUCAACGUGUUCUUAGUGAGGCACACAUUAGACAGCUUCUCAUGUAUGCUCCUGAUAACACAGAGCUGCAGAAAUACAAGUACUUAGCUGAAGACGUCCACAAAAUGGAAAAAGCCGAUCAGUUUUCGUACGAGAUGAGCAAAAUUCCGUACUACACACAAAGGCUGAAAGCAAUGCUAUUUAGAUUGCAAUUUGAUGACAAAGUUGAUGAGAUUAAACCUGACUUGGAGGCUGUCAUUGAAGCAUCGAAAGAACUGCGGUCAUGUGACAAGCUGCAGAAACUUUUAGAGCUUGUUCUAUUAAUGGGUAACUACAUGAACAAGGGCAAUAUGCGCAUAGCUGGUGCACAAGGCUUCAAGAUUACCUACCUGACCAAGCUGAACAGCACAAAAACUACUGACAACAAAUCAACUCUGUUAAACUUUCUCGUGCAAAAGAUAGAAGAUAAGUGCCCUGAGGUUUUGACAAUGAAGGACAACCUAACGACAAUUCCAGUGGCUGCUAAAGUGUCUGGACAGAUGGUAGCGUCUGAAAUCCAAGAUUUAUCAAGACGAAUGAAGGCUAUUCAAGAUGACUUGAUAUCAUUCCAAGCUACAAACAUCCAGAGUGUCGACGAUCGAUUCACCGAUGUCGUUAUUGACAUUAUCGAAGAAACAGAAGGAAAGCUCGAAGAACUACUGGACUUACAGAAAACAAUGAACACCGAGUUUAAACAAACUGUGACGUUCUUUGGAGAGACAUUAUCGAAAACCACCACUGAAGACUUCUUUGCUAUUUUUGCUUCUUUCCUUGUUCAUUUUGAGUCCGCCAUUGCUCAAAAUACCAACAAGAAAAAGCUCAAAGAUGAACAAGCGAAACGUGAGCAACGAUCAAAGUUAUUCAAAGAACUGAAACAGCGAAGUCAAAGCACAGCUGAUGACGACGAUACCGCAAAAGAUGAACUUAUGAAAAGUCUGGACCAACGAAAGGCAAAAGUUCUCGAAUCAGUCGAGAAAGAACCUCAGAACCAUGAACAAAUUAAACCAAAAAUUGCUUCUAAUAACCUUGAAGCAAGUUCGUCUUCUCAACUGUUUGUUACCAGUCAGGACGAGAAAAACCAUCAAACUUCAUCUUCUCCCAAACCGGUUGUACCAUCCAAACCGGUUGUACCAUCCAAACCUGUUUCACAGACGAAACCUGUUUCACCAGUCAAACCAAUGUCACCAACUAAACCUGUUAUACCGGUAAAACCAGUUCCGAAGAAGACUCCACCACCGCCACCUAAACCUAAAUCACACAAAAACGAUUCUAAUAACAAUGCGCAGAUUCGAUCUUCCACGGGAACCCCACCAGGUGAAACCCACACUGACUCGGUAACUUUGAACCAAGUGGAAAUGAAGGCAAAGGAAGAAACGAUACGAGAAAUUCCUCGUGGUUUUAGUAACAUCGUGUCUGCGUUUGAAACAAGCUCGAAGAAUGUGGAUGCAGUUUACGCAAAACCUGACAAAACAAAAAAAUCCGUCAAGGCAGUCAGGGAUGCGCCACCGGAUGUCCCUCCAAAAUUAUUUGCACCACCACCCGACAAUACCUCUAAUGUACGUGCACCGUCACCCGACAAUACCUCUAAUGUACGUGCACCGUCACCCAAGGAAUCUACCGCACAUUCCCCUUCUCCAAUGGAUUCUGUAGGAGAUGAAAUAACAGGUUUACCGUACACAAAGGUUCUAGACAAACCACAUUCUCCCAGGGAUUCUUUACGCACGCCUUCCUCCAAGGGAUUUAGUGUAGCACUGUCAUCCUCGACAGACUCUCCAAGGAGCGAAACAGCCGAUACACCGUAUCUGGACCAGGAAGCUCCAACAUUGAAAACAUCGCCCCUUAAAGAGUCGAUGUACCCCCCGUCCCCCAGGGAAUUACCAACACCAGAAACGACAGAUUCACCAAAAGCACCAGGUUCACCGUAUAUCGACCCGGGACCUCCAAACUUUAAACCACCUCCACCACCAGUGAAUAAUCCACCGAUAGGCGAAGAACAAAACACCCUGCAACCCAAACAACAGCGUGGAAUAAGUCCACCACCUGAUUUUAAAUCCGUUUCUUCAAAAACGUUGGUCAGAGAUUCGAAUAUUGAAAAUGACGACCAUUUGGGAGCAAAAAAAUCUUAUUCGUCGGGCAAAGCGUACACCUCUAUGAACACAGACGACGAUUACUCAUCUGUGGAGGUGGACAAAUCGUAUUCAUCUGUAGACGUUGUUUCGUCCAUCCCAUCAAAACCCGUCAAGAAGUACUCUGAUUAUGAAGAGGUCAUACCUCGUGGGUCACCGCCGCCAUUAAAGGUUACCAAGGAAUCGCCGCCACCCAAACCUGCGCCGUAUAAAGGUAGCGGCGGAAUACCUCCACCCAAGCCACCACCGUACACCGGCACCGAUGGCAUCCCGCCACCGCCUGAAUACUCUACUGCUGAUGAUCACAUGAUUGUAGGGUCUCCUCGAUUCCCGGUGACUGGUUCACCUAGAUUGUCGUCCGCGCAGUUAAUGUUUAACGCACUUAACUCGAAGACGGACAACCAAGACGAUAGACCUCCCGAACCUCCUACAAGGACAUCCUCUGCAAGACCAUCUGACAAUUCCCCUGUGAUUUCUGCAGCAAGACCACCCCCACCACCUCGCACAACCUCCAUCAAAGACUCACCUGAUGGUAACAUAGAUGAUUUAAUCGCCAGGGCUUUGUCACCUGACAUGAAACCCGAGUACGAUCUCGAUGAUAUUCCAGUACGGGACACAGGGCCUUCGGUUCCUCCUCCACCUCCCCCGGCGUUUGGCUCUGAYUCUGUCCCGCCGCUUGAUUUGUCAUCGCUUGGUCGCCCUCCAUCUCCACCUCAACGACCACCCCCUUCGUUGCCAAUUGAUACUUCAUCGUACGAUCUACCGUCGCCUUCAUCCGAUCACAUGACACGAUUGAAUGGGUUUAAGGAUGAUUGGGACGACGAGCUUCAACUUACGCCCCCCUUACCACCAAGCAAUAAAUAUGGACUUGACGGGAAUAUGAAACCACUAGUACCACCUUUGAGAAAACAACGGUGACACGAACUUGAUAACUAAUAAAUUUAAUGAUUAUUUAAUAAUAUCUUAAUGAAUAUCUUCCAGACAUCUGUCAAAUUAGAUGGAUUUCUAUGUCGAGGUUAUCAAUGUUGGAUAAUGAGUGAUACUAUUCUAAGACCGCAAUGCAUUGCACUUGCUAUCAAACUCCACCAAAGCUGUGUUUUUCGUAUAAUCAUGAAAUUCAAAGGGGAUAAAACUACCAAGUAUGCAUUUCGUCUUGGAAUACACUAUUCCGUAUCAGGAUAAGGUGUUCAUCGUUUUCUGAAAUAGUUGUAAACGGACAGUAAAUAUGCAUUUAUCGGUAUAUGAGCCAAUCAUCUGGAUUGUCAGACGUUAUCGAUAGAAAUCUCAAACUACUAGAAAGAACAUUUUAGAUUUAGCUGGAAAAAAGACUCAAGGUGAACUGCUUUGUYGAAUUAAACCUCAGUAAUAGUGACUUUCACCAUGUGAUACUUGGCUACAAUUAUAAAACAUAGGUAACUAACAAUAAACAACGUACGUGUGAAUAUAGAUACAAAUAUCGUUAAGCAGUAUAUAACAAGAGUGUGAACAUAAUUCAUUGCAGAACAAAUUGUGUGUGAAUAUAUAUACUUAUUAAAAAUGUUACAAUUUUAAAAUUCAAUAUUUGCAUGCAUAUUACUUUUCACCAUAAAUAAAACGUGGACGCUUA